UAAUGGGAAGAAAAUGACAGAGAGCUCAAGAGAGGAAAUCAGACUGCAAAGAUUCAACCAAGACCUGUUAAAACCAGUUAAAAUGACUCAAGGAUCUAGACUGUACUUUGCAGUGGCUGUUCUGAUGUGUGCGUUUGUCUCCAUCAACGGUGUCGGUCUGAAUGAUUUACUGGAGCGAGCCUCUCAACUCUCAGACAAACUUCACUCUCUCAGCACCUCUCUCACUAAUGACCUGGAUUCUCACUUUCCUCCGGUUGGAAGGGUAAUGAUGCCCCGUCCGUCGAUGUGCCACACAUCCUCUCUUCAGAUUCCCAAUGACAAAGACCAAGCCCUGAAAGUCCCGGAGGAUGAGCUGCUCUCUCUGGCUCGGUCUCUGCUUCUGGCGUGGUCCGAUCCCCUCGCCCUUCUCUCCUCUGAGGCGUCCAGCCUGGCACAUCCAGAACGCAACACCAUUGACAGCAAGACCAAAGAGCUGCAGGACAACAUCAACAGCCUGGGAGCAGGUCUGGAGCACGUCUUUAACAAGAUGGACUCAACUUCAGACAACCUGUCCUCUCUCCCUUUUGACAUCAACAGCCUCGGCCAGGAUAAAACCUCCCGACUUGUCAAUUUCCAUUUCCUGCUGUCCUGUUUCCGCAGGGACUCUCACAAAAUUGACAGUUUCCUCAAAGUUCUCCGCUGCCGGGCAGCCAAGAAGAGACCCGAGAUGUGUUAGAGAGGAAAUGCUGUGCUCUGCUUCUCUCAGUGUGUAUGUGAAGUUAAAAUGGCAGAGCAGUGAUCAGAAAUGCUUCUUUAUAAUAUCAAAGGGUAAAAAAUGCCCUUUAUUGUUUCACUUUCUCAUAUUCUUAAAUAAAUUGAAUUAACCAAUAGAAAAUUUAAAUAAAUUUAACAAAGGAAUUUUAAUUGAAUAAACUUUAAAAUAUCUUGAGCAUGUGCUCAGAAUUUAUUGGAAUGUUUGAACAGCUUGACGACAUAUUGAGUCAUCUAAUUUUAUUUAUUAAGGAUAUAAUGAUGUAUCUUUAACCAGCUUUGACAUACUCUUCUGUUGUGCAAUAUUUGUCAGUACAAUUCAAUGUCAAUAUAUUUCUAUCAUGCAGAUUCA